ACUGUCAUAUAUGGCAGUUGUGUAAAAUGUCAGUUAGUGUUGUAGUAGUUGCAAGUACUAUGCAGCUAUUGUACGCCCAAUAAUUCAAACACAUGUUCUUAUCACUUUUCUAAUCAUUAGGGAAAAAGCAAAAAGUACGUAAACAUAUAUUUUCUUGAGAUUGUGUUGCAUCGAAAUCACCGUAUCAUGACCUUAAUAGUCCCUCAUUAAUUGAAUAAAUAAAUGUAGGCUAAAGUUUUGAUCAUUAUAAUUGUGUUUAACUUAAACGUAAGUAGUAAUAAGUGAGAUAUUAUGAUCCUUCCAUUAACCUUAAAAACUUACUAGUAGAAAAAUAAUCAUCGUCCUUUGAGUAAAAAUAAUGACCGCAACUGAUCACAACUGACGUCCAAAAAGACAUCAAACAGAACCGAUAAUAUUCACACGAAAAACUCCUACUUGUAUAGAACAGCUCAUAUGUGAUAACUUUUGUUAGUGUAAUGGCAACAAUGGAGAAUAAUAUUAUAUUGGACUCAGGUGAGAAAUUAUCUCAGCAACAAGAAAUAUCUGAUUUAAGGCUUCAAUUAAACGCAUCACAGCAAACCAUAGCAACCUUAGAAUUAAAAAUAAGACAAAAAGAAGAAAUUAUACUGAAAACACAAGCGGACUUAAGCAAGCAAACUGAAGUAUUGAAAAUAGAAAAUAAAAAACUCAAAGAUCAGUUGAGGGAAACAUCGAAAAUUAUAGAAAAUAGCUCCACAACUGAACUACAAGAUGCCGUGAAGGUAGCAGAAGAAAAAGCAACUAAAGCUAUGAACGAUCUCCAUGACAGAAUUGAAAAAGAGCAUAAAAUGAAUCAGAUACUUGAAGAAUAUGAACGAACUAUUGUGGCUCAUACUACUGAAUACAAGAAACUGAGCGACCUCCAUGAGACAGUCAAAGGCAAUUUGGCAACUCUAGAAAUAGCAUUCCAUGAUGUCAUCCAGAAGUAUGAACGUGCAAAGGGUGUUAUUGAAGGUUUUAAAGCAAAUGAGGAAGUUUUUAAAGACAAUAUUGAAGCAAUGGAAAAGAACCUUAAAAUGGAGGCACAACGAUAUGAAUCUCUUAAGGCACAUGCUUCAAAACAAAUAGAAAAAGCAAACAAAGAAAACACAUUCUUAAAAAGUCAAUUUGAGGCACUCGAGGUGAAACAAAACGCUAUCAUAAAAAGGUUGGAAAUUAAAACUGCAGCAUUAGAAAAUGCUUUAGAACAAAAAACAAAGGAAUGUGCUGAAUUAGCAGCAUUAUGUGAUGAAGUAACAGGCAAAAAAGUCUAAUAAAUUCAUAAGAAACGUACCAUGAUUAUGCCAGCAUCAGAUUCAUUAUUUAUUAUGAUCUUAAUUUAUUGUUCCAUCAUGUUGACUGUUAAUUUUUAUUUGAAAUAUAUAAUUUGUAAUUUAUUUUUUUAUCUGGCUUUAAAUUUAUAAUGUAGUUCAUUUUAAAUAAAACUGAAAAGUUCCAGUUAUGUUUAAUAAUUGUAUGAAGUUGUGGCAUAGUGUUGUUAAAUAUGUUUCUUUUUAAAAAUUUUAUUUGUAAAUGGUCGUUUUUGUAAGCACCAACUACUUUUUCAAAAUAGACAAAUUUCGUAUAUUGCAUUUUUUUUUUGAGCAAAAAUCAAAAUUUCUUUUGAUACUCUGUAACCUGAAUUUAUUUUGACACGCUGUGUAGAAAUAACUAAAAGUAUAGAAUUGCCUACAAAUUGUACCAACUUAAGAUACUUUGUACAUUGUGAGUUUUUUUUCUUGUAUAUUGUAUUAUAAUAACACGAAAUUAUAAUGGCCUUUAAAAAUUUGCUAUUGAUAACAUUCCAUCUAGCAGCAGAUUAUCAUAUAACGCAGUUUUAUCCUACAUUAUCAGCUCAUUUAAUGAAGAGACAAUAUAAAGAUAAAAGCCUUUUUUGUUAUGUUGUGUACUUAACUGGAAUUAGUUUAUUACUUGCUGCUAGUUGCCAUUUAUAUUGUUAUAAUCAUCUCUAUCUGUAAUCGUAAAAUAUCUAUUUAUAGAUGCUCUUUGAAAAUAAUGUUAACAAUCAGUAUUUAUAUAUUUUAAUUUUUUAUUGAUGUAAAUAAAUAUAUUUUACGGACAA